AUGGCGUCUACAAAUCCCGAACCUCGCCCCGAUGCUCCCAUCUCGGCUGGCUCUACUGUGAAUGGUAGCAAGGAGGCACUUGCAGGUGCCACGGACGGUAUGGCAAAGGUACGUAUUCCAGUCAGUGAGGGAGACCUGGUUGACGUUUCGAGGUUUCGCUCAACUAUUGCAGGAUUCUUCAACGCGAACUACGCCUCCUCUGGAGACACGUUCCUAGAAUCCGUGCGGGAAAAGACUGGAAUGGAAAGGACGAGGAUGGAGCUUGAUGAUCUGUGGUUGCAGGUUCAGUUCUUUCAUGACUCAAUGCUACGGAUUCAGCCUAACCACAUCACCAUCAACCCUGAGAAUCUCGCGCAGGCUGUGGAUCUCAUCCUGGAUGUUUCUCAUUGGCGUCUCAAGACGGAGUUGGAUAAGGAUCUCAAGGAGGAGGACGCUCGUGUCGAGAUUACGGUGCUGCGUCGUCGGCUUUGUCGUCUCGAGUUAAUGCUUAGAGACGAUCUGAACUUGUGUGGCAAGCCGCCAAAGGUGCUCGCAGGAUGUAUUGUUGGUGUCAAAAGACCCAAGUACAAGGAUAGACUCUGGACACGCCUGUUUGGCAAUGAGCCCGGCGAGCAGAAUCGCAAUGAGGAUAGGAGCUUCCACAUCCGUGACGUAGCCAGCCUGCUCCGUAUCGAGGACUUUCUUACCUUCGUGUCUACUGAGUUUGAUAGACAGCUUGGUCCUAGAGGAGCUGACCCACAGGAUGGUGUCAUCAUGGCGGCAAUUGCACACCUUGACGACGAGGUCAAGUCUUUUCUCAAGACGAAGAAUUGCCGCACUGCUAACGAGCUCAAGGCCGAGUGGGCACCGGUUCUGCUCAACCCCCGAUUCCGCGCAGCUGUAACCCGUGAGAUGAGCAACCUCGUCAAGGAAGCGGUUGCGUUCCGCAAGAAGAACGGAUACACGACUCACCGCGAGGAGUGCGAACUGUUCCUCAAGCCACAGGGCGGCAUUGCACGGGUCUUUUCGAAUGUCUCGAUGAAGGGUGACAGUGGAAGACCGGGUAGGAGCGGUAGCUCGUUGAAGCCUGGGUUUUUGAGAAAGGAUUCUGCAACUUCUAAGAAGUGA